AUGACCAUGUUGAAGCUGAACCGUCGGCAGGCAGGGAUCGAGAUGGGGAACAUCCCCAUCCGGGAGACGAGGUUAUUCCAGGAAUGCCCAGUUCGGGAUGAGGAGAGCACCCAUUCCAAAUGCCCUCCGUCCUCUGCAGUCUAUCGAAUGCCCGACGGCACCUGCAAUAACCCCCUUCACCUUAAUUGGGGCGCCUCCUUCCGGCCUUUCCUCCGAUUCCUCCCGCCUGUCUACGACGAUGGCCUUGAGACGUACCGGAAAUCCAGGACUGGCGAGGACCUGCCAGUCCCCCGGAUGGUGAGCUCCCUCGUGCACCGGAAGAGGGACCGUCCCUCCAACUCCAUUUCCCUCAUGCUCAUGCAAUGGGGCCAGUUCUUGGACCACGACCUCACCUUCACGCCCCAGUCGCGCGGCUUCCAAGCAUCCAUUCCCAAGUGCUGUCAAAGAGGUGGACGGCAGGCAAUCGAACCCAACUCCAGGCAUCCGGACUGUUACCCGAUGAAGGUACCUGCCAACGACUCCCACUUCGCUCAGUUCGGGGUGACAUGCCUGGAAUUCGUGAGAUCGAGCCCUUCGCCCAGAAUCGAUUGUCCCCUGGGUCCCAGGGAGCAGACCAACCAGGUCACUUCCUACCUGGACGGCUCCCAGGUCUACGGCUCCACCAAGGAACAAGAGGAUCAGCUACGUCUAUUCAAAGACGGUAUGCUCAGGUACACCCCAUUGAGACACAGGAAACCGCUACUCCCACCGCUGGAGGAUCUGAGUACGAUGGAGUGCCGAGAAAAUACGCCAAAUCUUCACUGCUUCCUCGCAGGAGACUCCAGGGUCAACGAGCAACCGGGCCUGGGGAGCAUGCACACGAUUUGGAUGAGGGAACACAACCGGGUAGCGGCUGGUCUGUCGGAUGUCAACCCUCACUGGGACGACGAUAGACUGUAUCAAGAGGCAAGGAAGAUCGUCGGCGCCGAGAUGCAGCACAUCACCUACAACGAAUGGCUUCCUCUCGUCGUCGGGGAAAGAGUGAUGGACCUGUUCGAGCUGAGACCGCUGAAGACGGGAUAUUACAACGGGUACAACGUAACGGUGAACCCGACCAUCGCGAAUGCCUUGGCCACUGCUGCCUUCCGAUUCGGCCAUUCCCUCGUCCAGGACCAGAUCGAGAGAUGCGACAAAAAUCAUCGCAUCGUCCCCAUCCAAAUCCCAUUGCAUCAAGAGAUGAUGAAUCCGACCCCACUGCACAACAUGGGCUCCAUCGACCGAAUCGUCCUUGGCCUUGCCGCCCAGCGCUCUCAAUCCCGAGACGAGUUCGUGACAGAGCAGCUCACCAAUCAUCUUUUCCAAACCCCAGAGUCACAGUUUGGGAUGGAUCUGAUAUCGUUGAACUUAUGGCGGGGUCGAGACCACGGACUUCCCCCCUUUAACGAGUGGCGGGAGAGGUGCUCCCUCCGCAGGGCACGCACCUUUUCCGAUCUCUUGGACCUCAUGCACGAUGACACCGUCGGCAGGCUUCGCAUGAUCUACGAGGACGUGGAGGACAUCGAUCUGUUCACGGCUGGGCUGUCCGAGAGGCCGAUCGUAGGAGGAUUGGUGGGACCCACCUUCACCUGCAUCAUCGCCCAGCAGUUCAUGAACCUUCGACGAGGGGAUCGGUUCUGGUACGAGACGGGAGGAUUCCGGAGUUCUUUCAAGCCGGCUCAGCUGCAAGAGAUCCGGAAGGUUACCAUGGCCAGAGUGAUCUGCGACAACCUGGACGACAUCGAGACCGUCCAGCCGCAUAUGUUCCUCACUCACGAUAGCGUCAGGAACCCGCACUUAUCAUGCAAGGGCCGGGAUAUCCUGUCAGUGAAUUUGAGGGCGUGGAAGGAGGCUCCCCGUCCACCAUUUUUCCCCUCUCCUGCCUCUGAUCCAGCAACUUCCCCGUCCUUCUCUCUGGAAUCUCUCCGGACUCAUCCCGAGACCUUCGAGAUCGACGAGUCCACCAUCGUGGACAGUAUCACAUACCCAAACAGCCUGGGUUCGUCCUCAUUCGACGGAGCAUCGUUCGACGUGCCUCGUCCCUUCAGUCCCAUCGAUUACAACGAGCAGGGAAGCCUCCAUCGCUCCCCGCCUGUAGAAGAUGUGCCCAACGGUGUGAGACAUUUCUCGGACGCUUCUGGUCGAUUGUCGUCCCUCCAGCUCCUCGUGGGCCAGGCCUACGAGACCAUCAAGAGUCUCAUGAAUUCCCAAGACUCCUCGAACGACCCCUGACUCGAAUCCCCACCCGGCGAGAUUCCGUGUCUUCCAGCGCGAGUUCGUACAAGAAGUUUCAUCACGUCCUGCACGUCUCUCUUUGGGGCUUCUCGUCCUUCUAGUCUGUGAUGAUGGACAGACACUCUCAUGUGAUGCUGAUCCGAUCGGACACAUUGAUUUUUUUCUUCUUGUUUUCAAUGAAG